AUGUUGAGUGUCGAGGAGGGAAAAAAAAAGGAAACAUUCAGGGAAGCAGUCGAUGUCGAAUACCGCCUGGCCUCGUCCCGUCUUGUCUCUUCACUCUGUGCAACGGUGAUCACAGAAGAGCGUAAAAAAGUAUUUGUCUGUCCGUACGGAAUAUUUCAGGUCGUUGUUGAACCAAGGUAUAUGUACAGUUUAAGGCAGUACAUGGGAAAUAAGACAGAAAGUCGCCUCCAAAAGCUACCAAAGACCAAAAUCUCCAGAGUACGUAAACUGGAAGAAAAAACUCUCCCAGAGAGGCAGAAAAAGGGUCAGUGGGUCGACAGCUUGUCCUGCAGCAAUGCCUCAUGCCUCCCCAAGCCAAAACACCCCCUUCCCGGCCCUGCUGUCGUGCAGCUGGCGAGAGCGUGGAAAAAGCGACGUGACGUUGAAGAGUUGAAGUUGAAGAGUCGAAGUCGCGAAAGUUGA